GUCUUUGCAUUCAACGAAUAAUAGCUGGCAACCUCAACCAAGUGCCGAAGUUUAUUCCUGUAAGUGGAAACAAAAUAAUUUGUGUGCUGUUUCAAAAGCAUUUGAAGCGAGUUGCGUAGAAGUUGGGGGGCACACAGGCAGAUCGCACGGGCUUUAAGCACAGUCCUGUUUCAGCUUUGCAUUAGAAAAGGGUGCUGUUUGAUGUGACAUCAUGAAGAGGAAGGAUUAUCACUUUUGACUACAAUGUAAGUUCCACAUCAGAUGAUCUGCAAGUCAGUUAGGAAAUCCAGUGGCUGCAUCAAGCUAGUGUGGGGACAAAGAAAAUGAGGAUGUGAGCUGUAAACUGUGAAAGCUGGAAUGAGAGUGAAAUCGCUACAAUGCUGUCAUCCGAUCAGGGUACUGGCGAUAUUGCAGAUUGGUUGCUCAGUAUUCAUCUGGAGCAGUAUGCUGACCACUUCAAAAAGUCUGGAUAUUUCACUGUCGAAGACUGUAAACACAUGAACAAUGAGGUUCUUCUUCGGAUUGGGAUUGGUCCAACAGGACAUCGUAAAAGAAUACUUAAACACUUGAACUCUACAAUCCCAGAAGCAGAUAUGACGACAGUAUCUAAAAGUCCUGAGACUGGAGGCACGGACUUAGAGAGUGAGAAUCGGAUGUUAAUUUUACAUAGCCCACCCAAAACUGAAGGUGGCAGAAGUGUACCUGUAUCAAAGCUGAGACCUAAGUUUGUUAAGGGCAACUUAACUUCAGACUGUAUAGACCCAGUAAACACUGAUGGAUGUAUUCAGUCAAAAAACAAAACCCCAUCUCCCCAAAUGCAGAAAUGUCCAGUUGGUAAAAAUCUGAAAGUAGAUACCUUUGAGCCAGAAGAAGCCUGUUUCAAUUUUUGUGACCCACAAGGUGACAUGGACACCAGACCACCAGUGCCACCACGGCUUCAUCAGGGCACACCACCACUCAAGUUCACCACUGAUAGAAUGCCACUGCCUUCUGCUUUGGUUGAUUCCUCAAAUUUUUACUCAACAAAGGAACACUCCACCUCUGUGGAAACACAACAUUUAACCAGCACUCCUCCAGACUCGCCCCUCUUUGAAUUCCAAGGAGAAAUGGUGCAGAAUGAUUUGUAUGUCGAACAUAUGGGCAACUUGGAGCAGGUUACUUCCUGUCCUGUGACAGCAUCUGGUCUUCGAAACAGACCAGUGCCACAGCUCCCUGAUGUGUGUGCAGGCAUGCUAUGCUUGACAGACAACAGUUCCUUACUGAAAAGAAGAAACCUCAACCUUUCACAUAUCUCCACUUGUGAUGUUCCACAAAAUCUACCAUUGGCUGUAGAUGAAAAUAAGCCACCCCCUAUCACCCCAUAUGGGGAAAUGUACCUGUACCAUAGUCCUGAAGAUGAUCAGGAGAUUUUAAACAGCCAUCUUCAACAUGGUGUCGAAACAUCAACAAGAGAGAAUAGCGACCAAGAGACAAACAAUGAAUUAAGGAUCCACCAUGGUGCAAAAUUGUGCAACAAUAACAACAAGUUUGAGCAGAUAUUAUCACACAAAAAUCAUCAUACAGCAGACGAAGAGCCAGAAAUGGAAUAUUCUACAGUCAGCAACAGUAUUUGCAAGCAGAGGUCAACGGUUCAGGCAGUGUCCAAAGACUAUUGCAAACUUCAAGCACCGUCUAAGCAGAGUUUUUUAUAUACAGAGGAUUGCUCACUUCUGUCUGAUGUCACAGAAGAACCUAUCUAUGACUCAGGAGAUAAUCAGCAUGAUUCGAUAUCACCAUAUGCUUGCUUCUAUGGUGCGGCAAAGAAGACAAAGGAAGGUUGGCUGGAUAAACUCUCACCGCAAGGGAAUUGUGUGUUCCAGAAACGAUGGGUUAAGUUUGAUGGUGAGAAUUUGUCAUACUACAACAAUGAGAAGGAAAUGUACUCAAAAGGAAUCAUCCCACUCUCUUCAAUAAGUAGAGUUCAAGAGUUAGGAGACAACAAAUUUGAGGUGGUUUCCUCUACCAGAACUUUUACUUUUAGAGUUGAAAAAGAAGGUGAUCGAGAUGACUGGAUGGACACACUUCUCACUGCAUUAAAAUUACAGUCUAACAUAUUUUCUCAAUUGAAUCCUCGAUGUGCUGUUACAACUGAUAAAUUUGGUUAUCUUGAGCUAAGGGGCUACAAAUCUCGAAUCUUUGUUGUAUUGCGAGGCAGCAUCAUAUGGCUGUAUAAGAGUGAGCAGGAUUUUAAGGGUGGAAUUGGUAUCACAAUGGUUAACACAAAUGUGGCAACAGUCAAAGAUAUUGAUCGUAAAAGCUUUGAACUAUCUACUCCAUUCCGAAAUUUCAGCUUCACAGCGGAAUCUGAACGCGAGAAACAAGAAUGGAUUGAAGCUAUGCAAGGAUCGAUAGCAGAAAGCCUGUCAGAUUAUGAAGUGGCAGAGAAGAUCUGGUUCAACGAGUCUAACAGAAACUGCGCAGAUUGCCGUGCACCAGAUCCUGAAUGGGCAUCCAUCAAUCUCGGUGUUGUCAUCUGCAAAAAAUGUGCAGGUCAACAUCGAUCACUGGGUUCUAAUAUUUCCAAAAUUCGUAGUUUGAAGUUGGAUACCAGUAUUUGGAGUAACGAACUUGUUGAGCUUUUCAUUGUUGUAGGAAACAAAAUAGCCAAUGCCUUUUGGGCAGCCAAUCUCAAAGCGGGUGAAGAAUUGGAUAUGGAUGCACCACCAAACUAUCGUCUUGAAUUCAUCACUCAAAAAUACAAAGAAGGAAAAUUUCGAAGAAAACUCUCAUCUUUUCUAAACCAAGAAGAAUUAAACAAGGCUUUAUGUCAAGCUGUUGUGACACAGGAUAUCUUGGAGACUAUGACACUUGUUUUCAGUGGGGCAGAUGUCAUGUGUGCAACAGGAGAACCUACUUAUUGUACCCCUUACCUGUUGGCACAGAAAGCUGGCCAACGAUUACAAAUGGAGUUUCUGUUCCAUAAUAAACUCUCAGUACUUCCGAAGAUUGAUGCACUGUCUAAAGCUGGCAUCCUUUCUAAUAACUCACAGUCCAGCUUUUUGUGUGGUUUCCUCUACAAGGCAAUGAACACUACAAAAACCAUAACUGAGAAAAGAUUGAAAGAAGAUUUCCAAAAGCGAUGGUGUACCUUAGAAGGCGGGUUUCUGAGUUACUAUGAAAGUGACAAAUCAGCCACACCAAAUGGGAGGAUUGAUAUCAGCGAAGUGGUCUGUUUGGGAGUGGCCAAGUUUGAUUUUACAUGGGGCCCUGGGGUGAGCUCUACCUUUGAUAUGUAUUUGCUGUCAGAACGUGUCUUCUCCUUCGGCACUGACAAUGUCGAAAUUCUAAAAGACUGGACCCGUGCAAUAUCCAAGUUUUUUGUUCCUGAAGUGGUAGAAAUCCUGUGCAAGAGAGAUUAUGAACUGAUUGGUCGGCUGUACUACAAGGAUGUGCAUAACCUAGAACACUGGAAAACAGGCUGGUUUGCAUUAGAUAAAUCACAACUCUGCUUCUGUCCUGAGCAGGAUGUAGUUGAAGAGGAUUCUGUCCAUUUAAAGAGGCUGCAAGAACUCACUGUCAGCACUGAGAUUGAGAAACCCGGGGAGAAGAGAGAUGUCUUAUUGCUGUUAGAAAAAGGAAGAACUUUGUACAUCCAUGGUCACACGAAGUUGGAUUUCACAGCUUGGCACACUGCCAUCAGGAAAGCAGCAGGUACAGAUGGUAAUGCUCUCCGAGACCAGCAGCUCAGCAAAAAUGACAUUCCCAUCAUCGUGGACAGCUGCAUAGCGUUUGUUACACAGUAUGGUCUUGGCUGUGAAAGGAUUUACCAAAAAGGUGGCACACCAUCACGAAUUAACCUACUUCUAGAUCAGUUCAGAAAAGAUGCCAGAAAUGUGAAGCUCAGAAUUGGGGAACAUCAGCUGGGUGAUGUAACAAAUGUGAUGAAGAGAUUUCUGUUCGAAAUAGAUGAUGCUCUACUUACCAAGGAAUUAUAUCCAUAUUGGUUAUCUGCAUUAGGUAAUACAAAACAUUUGUUUAUUUUAUCUUUUUUUUUGCAAUGUGAACGAAAUGAAUGAUACCUUAUUCAAUAAAAAUGAUCUUAAUAGGACAUAGAUUCAUUCUACAAACAAAAUUGCUGAUGGCUAAAUCUCUGUACUAAUGUUAUUUGUCACAAAUUUCACCAGUUGCAUCAUAAAUUAAAUGCUUGUAUGAAAAUUAUAAAA